AUGUCAAGUUGUAAGUAUUUUGAGAUGAGCCCUGUUAAAAGAAUUCUAUGGUAUUGCUCGAGACUUCCUUCUCUAUUAACAUACGGCAGUGUAGGGUUUCCCGAAGAAAAUUCGAUAUACAAGGCUCGUUGGGCAAUCUUUGCUGUAUGGAUUGUUGUCGUAUUCUUCAGUAUAUUUAUGAUUAACCUGAGGAGAAGGAGACGCGGUCUACGGCCAAUCAUAGGUACCGCAUGGCUAACACCUCCAAGCUAUGGCCAGUCUCAAAGACAAUAUAACAGGCCGACAGAUGAUCCAACAGCCAUUCCUGUUCCUGAAUACACAGAACAACCCAAUGUCAAUGUCGACCUGGGAUACUACGACAAUCAGGGGAAAUUCCACCCUGCAACAGGAUCAGUUCCAAAGCCAGGGACUGCUGUAACAACGGAUACAAGCCAUGGGUACCAAACUUCAGCGCCAAUAGGCGACUAUCAACAAUUGCAUGAUGUGGGAUAUGUCCGUCCUCAGGGUCCUCCUCCUAAUGCCUACUAUCCCAACCAGUACCCACCACCACCCCAGCAACAACAAGCACCACUACCAGGUGUUACAGAUGCUGGUACUACUUACUAUCGCCAUAUCACGUAA